GGCGUCGAGAUGAACGACAACGUCUUCCUUCCCGCGUCAGAGCUCCGCGAGAAAUACGACGACUACGAGGGCCUCGUCGACGAGAUCAACGAGGCGGUCGGCACGACCCUCGGCGACGCGUUUCAGGUGGCCCUGGGCGCCGAAGACCCGGGUGGACAGCCGCUCGCCAACAACAAGUGGAUAAACAUGGUUUUGCAGGAGCUGUACGUGCGCAUGUCUACCGUCGGCGUCGUCAUCGGCAUCAGCAUCGCCUUCGUCGUCCUCGUGCUCUCCACCCGCAACCUCCUCGCCGCCUCCAUCUCCGUCCUCUCCAUCGCGUGCGCCCUCGUCACUGUGAUUGGCAUCACCGUCGCGAUGGGCUGGGAGCUCGGCUCCAGCGAGGCCAUUUGCCUGAUGACCCUGACCGGCUUCGCCGUCGACUACGUCGUCCACCUCAGCCACUCGUACAUGGAGUCCACCUCGCACUCGCCGCUCGAGCGCACGCACGACGCGCUGCGCGACAUGGGCAUCUCCGUCUUCUGGGGCAUGCUGACCAGCUUCGUCGCGGCGCUCGCGCUGGCGUCGUGCCAGCUGCAGUUCCUCUCCAAGUUUGGCUACUUCUUCCUCCUGACCAUCACGUUCGCCUACCUCUGGGCCUUGCUCUUCCUCAUGCCCCUCCUCGCCACCGUUGGCCCCCGCUCCUCACCCGCCGACGGGCGCGCGGUGCCGCACACGCCGUACAACUCGAACACCACCCGCCGCAAGGUGCCCGACGCCAUCGAGGUGGCAUAGGGCGGAGGGCAAGUCCCUGCCGCCUU